ACUAAGCGGUAGUGGGCUGAGGAUCGGCUGUGCAAUCUACGUCAGGGUGGUCACUGCCUGGAGAAGUACGCGGCGGAAUUCAUCGAGCGAUCCCCAUCAGCUCACCCUAUGCCGAGAUCUUCCACAUGCCGGGCCACUGACCGUGGUCACCCCUAUCCUUCCAAGAUUUUCUCUGGUCACAAAUUGGGGCCCAACAGCGCUAACCUGGGGGCAAAGCUGGCGGACCCAGCAAUCACUUCCAUCCGAUCAGCACUGAAAUCCGCUGCCCGUCCUCUGAAACCAGUCUCUCUAACAUCAGGCCCGCAGGUCAUCGAGCACCCUACCAUGCUGAACACUGAGCACUCCAGUGUGCCAGUCACCGAACCACCAGACACGUCAACCUUCCGGUACCCAGGCAUGUCUGAUGCCCCGGUCGAGAUGGCUGCCAAGCCCGAGUCCCCUGCCAAGAUGGCCGCCAAGUUCAAAUCCAUGACCGAGAUGGUCCCCAAGCCGGAGCGCCUGGCCGAGAUGGCCGCCCAGCCGGAGCACCCGGCCGAGAUGGCCACCCAGCCAGAGCAGAGAAGGCUAUCUCGCCUGAAUCCAGUUUCCUCGUCACGGCCAGGAGUGCCGUUCCAUGCGCUAACAAAUCCAGUUCCCUCACCACGGCCAGGAGUGCCGUUCCAUGCGCUAACGAAUCCAGUUCCCUUGUCACGGCCAGGAGUGCCGUUCCUGAGUCAAGUCAAGUUGCAGCUGUGUUUCCUGAGUCAAGUCAAGCUACAGCUGUUGUUCCCAGGUCCAGUCAAGCUUCACAAGCCAAGUCAAGUCACAGCUGGUCUCUACGAAUCAAGUCAAGUCACUGCUGGUCUUCACGAGCCAAGUCGAGUUACAGCUGGUCUCUACAAAUCAAGUCGAGUUAUAGCCAGUCUCCACGAACCAAGUCAAGCCACAGCCAAUCUUCAUGUUCCAGAGUUAACUCAAGAUACAGCUGUUGUUCCAGAGUCAAGUCAAGAGCACCCUCCGAUAUCCGCUCCACAAGAGUGCCCUCCAGUGACUGAGCACCCUCCGAUAUCCACUCCUCAAGUACGCCUUCCUGUGCCUGCUCCUCAAGAGCAUCCUCCAGAGCCCACUCCUCCUGAGCGCCCUCCAGAGCCUGGUCCUCCUGAACAUCUUCCAGUGUCCUAUCCUCCAGGACGCCCUCCUGAAAGCACAGCACCACCCUGGCUCCCUGAAAGGCCAACGUCACCCUGGCUCCUUGUAAGGCCGGUGCAAUCCUUCAUCUACGACUGGGCUCCUUUAGGCGCAGGGUCGCGCCUUCCGGGAGGGGGAGGUAAUGUCACAAAUCCGCCAGCCUCCAUCACACUGUCCGUCACUUGAUCCUGUUUCUCCAUGAACUACAUUUCCCAGAAUCCCUCCAGGCUCACACCGGUCUCACCAGCCACAGUCACUCGUUCCCAAUCACCAGCCUUCUAAUUGGAUUCACCUGAUACCACUUACCUGCACACAUAUAAGCACAUGCACUCCACUCAAUCAGCAGCUGGUCUUGAGGUCUCAGCGUUGGGAUUACCUACCUGUCUCUACUUGCCUUCCUGGACGGAUCGAUGCAAGGAUUUCUGGAAACGAACUUGAAAGGAUUAUUUGAGAGAUAAGACUUUGAACCUUAUACUGCUUUAUGCUUCCACCUUAUGGAUAUUCAUUACCCUUCAUUUGUUUAUGUUGGAAG